GCCAUUGCCGCUCUGUUUGAGUCGUGUGUAGCUGCAGGGAGGCCAGUGGUGGAUUGUCUUGGGCGGUGGCGCCUUCUGCUACUCUGCAGGCCCUUUAGAAAGGACACCUGCUCACGCCCAAAAGCAGGAAAUGGAGCCAGUGACCUUUGAGGAUGUGGCUGUGAACUUCACUCUAGGAGAGUGGGCUUUGUUGGAUUCUUAUCAAAAGGAGCUCUACAGAGAUGUGAUGAAGGAAACCUUUAUGAACCUGCUCUCCAUAGGGAAAACAGAGGAAGAAAAUAUUGGAGAGGAUUACCAAAGUAUUAGGAGAAAUCUGAGCAUUCAUGUGGUUAAAGGAUUCUAUGAAUCUGAAUGUGGUAUUCAGUAUGGAGAAACCCACCGACAGAUUCGAGAGCCUGUUGGUAAUGAGGACAUGCCUCCUGGAAUAGCAGUCUGUGAAAGCAAUGUGUGUGCAAAUGAUGCCAUUGGUCUUUCACAAUCAGAUGUGCAUCGCAGAGAUCCAACUGUAGACAAUCAGGAACAUAUGGACAAGUCUUUUAAACAUAAGAAAUAUUGGAAAGAUUUUACAUAUUCUGAGUCCUUUCUUACCCUUGAGAAUCCUUCCAGAGAGAAACCCUGUGAAAAUAAACUAUCUAAUGAGCACUGGAGGAGUCUUGCUUCUGCUCAGGAUUCUCAAGCAACACGUAGUGGAGAUAAUGUCCUUGAAUAUAAGCAGUUUGAAGCAGCUCUCAUGGCUUGUAGUUAUGUUCAGUCUUAUGAAAAACUCCAAACUGGAGAAAAGACAUUUGUGUGUAAGCAGUGUGGCGAAGCCUUCAUUAAUUCUAGUCACCUUAUCAAACAUCAUAAAAGUCAUACUAGAGAGAAGACUUUUGCAUGUAAGUAUUGUAGAAAAGCUUUCAUUCAUCCAAGGGCCUGUUAUAAUCAUGAACGAACUCACACUGGAGACAGACCUUAUGUGUGUAAACAGUGUGGGAAAGCAUGCAUUCAUUCUUACCACCUUCUCCAACAUGAAAGGAGUCACACCCGAGAAAAACUUUAUGCAUGUAAGCAGUGUGGGAAAGUAUUUGGACGUUCUUCAUACCUUCGUAAACAUGAAAGAAUUCACACUGGAGAGAAGCCUUAUCUAUGUAAGCACUGUGGAAAAGCAUUCAGUGAUCCCACAACCCGUAACAAUCAUGAAAGAACUCACACCGGAGAGAAACACUAUGUUUGCAAACAGUGUGGGAAAGCCUUCAUUCGUUCCUCUCAGCUUCUAAUCCAUGAAAGAAUUCACACCGGAGAGAAACCUUACUCAUGUAAACAUUGUGGAAAAGCUUUCACCUAUUCCAGUGCCUGUUACAUUCAUGAAAGGAUUCACACUGGAGAGAAACCCUAUGUUUGUAAGCAGUGUGGGAAAGCAUUUACGUGUUCCACAUACCUUCACAAACACGAAAGAAUUCACACUGGAGAGAAACCUUAUUCAUGUAAGCAGUGUGGGAAAGCCUUCAUCCAGCAUAGAGCUUGUUACAAUCACGAAAGAAUUCACACUGGAGAGAAACCAUAUGUAUGCGUGCAGUGUGGGCAUGCAUUCACUUUUUCAAAAUCCCUUCAAAUCCAUGAAAGAAACCACACUGGAGAGAAGCCAUAUGUAUGUGAACAAUGUGGGAAAGCAUUCACAUGUUCGACAUACCUUCACCAACAUGAAAGAAUUCACAAUGAGAAGAAAUCCAGUGGAUAGAAUUUCUACCAAUGUGAAUCACGUGAGCGCCUUCGUAGCCAGCUUGCAAGGAAUAAAAGUAUGGAGAGAAAGCAAGAGGAUAUGAGAUCAGUAGCUGUAUAAUUCUCACUUGUGUAGCAAGUAUACAUGGGAUACAAUCUGUUGUUGUACCAGGUGUGUUGAUCCAUGCCUUUUAUUUCAACAUUAGGGCAGUGGAGGUUUAGAGGAUUGCAACAUUGAGUAAAGUCUGUUUCAAAUAAGAGUCAUCAAAUUUUCUCCUGUAGUUGAUUAUUGUAUAAGCAAGAAAUGUGAAGAGCUGGAAGCAAUUUUUGGUAAAAUAUUACUGAAAACCUGAAAUACACUAAAAAUUAAAUAUUAUAAUUUUUGUUCCUUUCUUAUGUACGUACAUUCAAGACCUCUUGACUUAAUAAAAAAGAGAUUUUAAAAUAUGGUUUGGCAAGUAAAAUCACUUUGGCAUUAUUCUACCUGCCUGUUUUCCUCGUGGUUGCAAAGCUGGGGCAUGACAGGAACUUUAACCCACAGUUGAAAACCACCAGGGCGCUGCAAGGAAUAACAAUAACAGCUGUAUAAAGAAACUACUUGAGUUUUGGUGAUAAAAUCUGUUUGGUAAAUCAAUUGAAUUUCAAUUUAAUGGCGGUUUUUAAAUCAAGUAAUACAGUUGCCUUUGGUAGAAAGCUGUAUUGGAUUUGUUAAAUUCAGUUGGCGUUUGUAAUCAUUCGAGUAUGCUUCAUUUUUAGGUAUAUUUUGAGUCGUGUUUCAGGUGAAGUUGAAAACAUAUAUUUGCCCAUUGUUAGUAUUUUCUGGCUAUGAUUUUAUGGGAUGUACUUUUCUAUCCUUUUAUUGUUUGUCAGUUAUCUUAAAUUUAGAGCUUUUUCUCAGCGUAACAUUCUUACAUAGAUUUUAUAUUUUGUAAUUUUAGUGUAUAUUUUCUUUUGAAGUCUUUGAUGUUUUAUUAUUUAUUUAUGUGUGUGUUUGUGUGUAUAUGUGUAUUUGUGUGUGUGCCAUAGUAGAGAUGUGGAGCUCAGUGGACGAUAUUAAAGAUUUUGUUCCCUGCCAGGCUUGCUCAGCAAGCAGUUUUACACAUUGGGUCUCAUUACCAGCCCCAAUUGCCAUUUUUGAACUGUUCUUUCUUUCGUUUAUUGAGACAUUCUCUCUCUACCCAGGUGUGUCUCUCCAGGAAUUCACUAUGGAGACCAGGCUGGCCUCAGUCUCACAGAGAUCUGCCUGCCUCCGCCUUCCAAAUACCUGGCUGAUAUUGGUACAUUUUUUUCUAAUGAGUAUAUUAAAAAAUGUUAACUUUACUAUUUACUCAGAAGACACUUUCAUAUUCAACAUAGUUUAAAAUUGUUUGUGUUAUUUUGUUUUGUUUUGUUUUGUUUUGGGCUUUUUGAGACAGGGUUUCUCUGUUUAACAUUCCUGACUGUCUUGGAACUCACUGUGUAGACCAGGCUGACCUCAAACUCAGACAGAUGUGCCACACCAUGCUUGAAACUGUGUAUCUUUAAAAGUUAAAGCCUAUUGCCAUGUUAAUCAGUUUGAAACUGGUUUUUAGGAUGUAAAGUUUCUUUUAUACUUAUAUUGUUCAACUUUUAUUAUAAGUGUUUCUUUGCUCAUCGAAACAAAACGUAUAUUAGGCUGAUGUGUUUCUCUGGACAAAAAAUGAACAAAACCAUACCAGGUAUCUCAAUAAAAUGUAAUGAAUUUUAGUGAAUCUUUUCAAUUGUGAUUAAUGAUACUGUUUUCCUCAUAGGUGCAAUUUCUAACCUGCUUGAUAAUUGUUUUAAAUGACUUGAAUACACUUUAAUGUAGUUUGGGGUUCCUAUUUAUUAAAAGUACUUUGUGGUUGACUAUG